ACGAAUAUAGAACUUCAUUUGACUUUAAAACUGGUGAAGCCAUUUUAACAUUAGUAAAUCCUAUGGAUGUAGACCGAUCCACGUAUCUAGCUAGGGCGGUGAAUAUUCACGGGAAAUCUGAAUGCAUGGCACAUAUUACAUUUGAAAAAGAAGAAUAUGGUGAAGCGCCCAAGUUUGUGGAACGAUUGAAACCGAAAGUUGUGAAAGCCCAUGAAACGACUGAACUCACAUGCUUAGUCAGAGGUGUUCCAUUACCAUCAAUAGUAUGGUGCCGUGAUGAUGAAGAAAUUAUUCCAGAUGAAAAUCAUAUGCUAAUUUACACUCCUGAAACAGGAGUGUCCAAACUUAUUAUAGUGCAUCCUGAUGAUAUUGAUGAGUCAACGUACACAGUGAACGCAAUUAAUAAAUUUGGAAGAGCUGAGUGUAGGGCAAAUUUGAUAGUUCAAAAAGAUGAACUUGGAGAGGCACCAACAUUUGUACAACCAGUUAAACCAAAAAUUGCCAAAUCAAAUGAAAUAACUGAACUUAAAUGUACUGUUAGAGGAACACCGAACCCAUUAGUAAUUUGGUGCCGUGGAAAUGAUGAAAUAAUUCCUGAUGAAUGUCACUUGGUUACAUACCACCAGGAAACUGGAGAAUCGAUCUUAACGAUUUUAAAUCCGACUGAAAUCGAUGAAACUAUGUAUACCGUGAACGCCGUGAAUAAAUACGGCCAAGCACAAUGCCGGGCGAAUUUAAUUAUACAAAAAGAUGAAUCGGGCGAAGCACCAAURUUUGUAGAACCAAUAAAACCAAAGAUCGCCAAAGCUAAUGAGUCCACCGAAUUAAGUUGUUUGGUUAAAGGAAUACCCACACCUACUGUAAUUUGGUUUAGAGGUGAUGUAGAAAUAAUUCCAGAUAUCACUCAUUCAAUUGAAUUUAUACCGGAUACGGGUGAAUCGAAACUAAUUAUUUCAAAGGCCACAGAAGUUGAUCAAAACACAUACACUGUGAAGGCAACUAAUAAAUAUGGCAGAGCUCAAUGUCGAGCAAAUGUAAUUCUACAAGAAGAUGUUUUUGGUGUAGCCCCAACUUUUGUUGAGCCUAUUAAGCCCGUACUAGCAAAACCAGACCAAACAACUAUUUUACGGUGUUUGGUGAAUGGUAAUCCGAUGCCAACUGUUGUUUGGUGUCGUGAAAAAGAAGAAAUUGUUCCUGAUGACAUGCACACAAUUCAGUUUAUUCCAGAGACUGGAGAAUCCACAUUAACCAUUGAAAAACCAACAACAGUUGAUGAAGCACAUUAUACUGUAGAAGCAAUAAAUAAAUUUGGAAGAGCUAUGUGCAGAGCGAAUUUAGUUUUAGAAAAAUAUGAUACUGGAAUUGCUCCAAAAUUUAUCGUCCCGAUCAAACCCAAAGCCGUCAAGCCAACCGAAACUGUAGAACUUCGUUGCUUGGUUACCGGGACACCAAUGCCUACCAUUGUAUGGUGUCGCGGAGACGAAGAAAUCUUGCCAGACGAAAGUCAUAUCGUAUCUUAUACAUCGGAGACCGGCGAGUCAACGCUAACAAUCUGUAAUGCUACGGAAUUGGACGUAAACGAUUACACUGUGAAAGCAGUCAAUGAUUUCGGAGUGGCACAGUGCAAAGCCAAUCUGAUUAUAGACGAAUUCGUAGAAGAAAUACCUGAAACGUUAGAGGAGGCGCCAUCUAUAACGAAACCUUUGCAACCUAUUAUAGCCAAAAAAGAUUCGUGCGUGACGUUAGACGUGCAUUUCAGAGGUACUCCCGAGUUAAAAGUUCGGUGGUUCCAUAACGGUAAGGACAUAACUGAUAAGAAAACAUUCGGGCGUACCUUAACUAUAACGGAAACUACGACCGUGAUCAUUAUUAAAAAGAUUACCAAGAAGACCACUGGGCAUUAUGAAGUUGUAGUUACUAAUAAUCGCGGAGAAGCGAAAACAUCUACUACAUUAUUGAUCGAAGACGAAGAUGAUAAGGAAGAGACGAUCGAGUCAGAAAAGCUGGUGGUCGGGAAAGCGCCAUAUUUCGAAACGGAAUUGCAAACCGAAACAAUWUGGGAGGAGGAAGAGGAAGUAGAGGAAACUUUAAUACGUCUCGUCGUAAGAGUAAAAGGUACACCGACGCCCAAGACCCAUUGGUACGAAAACGGCAUAGAAAUAACUCCCAGUGAGGAGUUUGAAAUUGAAGAAAAGGACGAAGGAGUAUCUGUGUUGACUGUUAAGAAAAAGCCAACUGAGACCGUUCGGGAAAUAACUUGUGUGGCAACGAAUGAGUACGGGACAGCUACAACUAGUACAUUAAUAAUCACAGGUAUCAAAGGGACGAAAGCCUACAGAAAGCCGUCGUGGGUUACUCAGAUGGAAGAAUUGCGGGAACAAUUACAAGCUUUCCAAAGUGUACCAAGCUUUGUAAACGAGUUAAAAGAUGAGCGAGCUGUUGAAAAUGAAACUGUUGUGUUUGAAUGUCAAUUUUCAGGAAAUCCUACUCCUGUGAUUAUAUGGUAUCAUGAUGAUAAAAUUGUCAGGAACUCAUCGAAUAUUCAGGUUAAAAUCACUGACACAAAAACUACAUUGACUAUCAAAAGAGUAACAAAAGAAGAUGAAGGUGUUUAUGUUUGCAAAGCAAACAGCAAUUUAGGAGAAGCUAAAAAUAAAUCAAAACUUUAUGUUAAAAAACAUAGGGACGAAACAUUCACAGCCACCGAAGAUGAAGUGGAAGUGCAAGAAGUGCAAGAAGUGAAGAAGAUAAAAAAGACUAAAAAGAAGGCUAUGAAAAAGAAACAAAAAAAAGAAUCUGAAUCAUACAAUGAAACGGAAACAAAAGAAACGCUUCGUAUUACUACUUCUAAAAUGGUAGAAGAGAAAYCAUCGUUACCAGAACACGAACCAUUGUCCACGUCAGAAACAUUUUCGGAUGAGACGGUCAAGGAAGUGCGUGGAUCCGAAUUUGUUCGCCCAAAACUAAUCGAAGAACCAGCACUGUUCACAGCACUUAAAGUCAAGGAGCCAUCAGUGGUCAAUGAAGUUGAACAAGUAUUGGAUCAAGUUGAAUUGGCCGAGUUUGGACCAGCUGAGUGGCCCUUACGAGAAUUGGCCACUAUUGAUAUACUCACCCGACACGGAAUAUCCACGGAACAGGUGAUUGAAGAGUACACGUCAGGCCAGUUUCCUGCAUUGAGGACUGCGCCGGCUCAGUCAGCUAUGGUGCAUCUUAUCGAACGUGAAGGGUAUACAUCUUUGGUUGCUGAUGUCUUCACGAAAGAAUCGACAAUACCUGAAACUGUCAACGAAGUGUUUAAGGCAUUCAUGACAAUGAUUGAGUUGAAACAUAGCACACUWGAAGAGAUCAUAACCUACUUGAUGCCAGAAGAUUUUCAAACUAGCACCUGGGAUUUUGAACACGCAUCUCAAAUUACUACAGAUGAUACGAUAACCGAUACAGCUGAAAUUAGCGAGCCCGUAAACAUAUUAGUCAAUGAAGUUAAAAAGAAAACUCGAUCAACGAAAGAAUCAACUAAAAUAACCAAAGAGACUUUAUCAAUUGACGAUGGACAAGUACAGAACAUGCUAGAUGAUAGCAAUAUUAAAAUCACUGAAAUCACAGAUAACAGUAAUAUUAUAAUUGAUGUAUCAGAAGAUAAACCGAUUAAAACGGAAAAAGUAAUAAAACAAAAAAAUAAGACAGAUUAUAUAACUACCCGUGAAGAUAAGGAAAAAGAAGAAGUGAUCACAAAAGAAACAAAUAUGGUAAAAAAAAUUAAAGUGAAACGAUCAAACCCUGAUGAAGAAAUUAUCCCUGAAGAAAUAACAUACGAAUUUGACGUAGAAAAGUAUCCUGUUAUAUCUCCAACUAUUCUGAAAACAUCAAAAACUUUAAACGAAACCAUCGCUCAGCAAGAAGCUGUUGAGUUGUCAACUGAUUAUAAUAAUCUACCAGAAAAAGCACACAUUAGAAUUAUAACAAGAAGCGCUGCAGAAAGCAUUGUAACAAAAGACGAAGAGAAGGAAGAAAUGCGAAAAGAAACGUUGGAAAUAAAGAAACAUAAAGCAAAUUCUGUUUUUGAAUGUAAUGUAAGUUUUUCAACAGAUAAUCCUGACACUCAAUCGCCUCUUGAAGAAAUAGUUAAACCAUUUGAAUUCAUUCCAUGUAUGGCGAUAAAAGAUUUUAUACCAAAAGAAAGUGUAAAAAUUAUUGAAAUUUAUCCUAAUCAAAGUCUAGGUAAAGGACCAGAGUACAAACCACAAAAUAAAGAAGCUAAUGUUACUGUAAUUUCACAUUUACAAAAAGUAGUUACAGAAUCAAUUGCCUCUACAAAGGAAGGUGAAAUAGUGCCAGAAUUUAUACCACAGAAAAAAAAAGCAACACAAGAAUAUAUUGAACUUGAGAGUAUCAAUGUCGUGGAAGUUAAUGAAGCACAUACUGAAAGUCAAUUACAAGACGUGUUUAAACCAACACUAGUGAAGCCUUCAGUUGAAUAUCCACUAAAUGAACAAUUAGUUAUCAGUGAAUCACAUUAUGAAAUUCAACCAGAAAAAUACUAUCCAGAAAUAAUUGUGCCCACUGAAAUCGCUAAACAAUUAAUAGUACCAUCAAACAAUGCUAUAACCGCAUUCCAAAUAGAAUCCGCAGAAAAAGAAGCAAAGUAUAAUCGAAUAAAACCACCAACUGCAUAUAAAGCAGAUAUUUCAGUUAUUCCCAAAAAAUAUAUUGAAGUCAGUGAGUCAAACAUACAAGAAAAAGAAACUAAAUUAGAAAAAGAAAAAAUACCAGAGAAAUCAUUCGCAAUUUCUGAUAUAAUCGUACAAUCAAGUAUAAUUGUAAAUUCAGUUGAUCAAGAAGAAAAUGAAGAAAAAUUCAGUUCUCAUUUACCUCAACCACAUACUGCAAAACUAACAAUAAACAAUCCAAAUAAAGUGUGUACUUCGUCAAUAAUAGAAAUGAAUGAAGCAGAAUCUGAUUUAAAAGUUCCGCUCGUUCCAGAAAUGAAACAAAUUGAAAGCUCCGUUUUUGGCUUAGAAGUGCUGGAUGUAACUGAAAUUAUACCUAACGAGACAGAAUCAAAUUUUACAUCACAAUCAGCAUUAGAAUUAUUACCACAUACGAGUUUUACCGAAAACAAUUCAUACAUUGUCACAGAAACUACACCUGAUGAAUAUUCAACCGAUUUAUUAAAGCAAUUGAACUACAAAACAUAUGAGGCGGAACCAAAAUUUGAGGAAUUAGAAGCUAAACAAAUAUCUCAGAUUGAUGUACACGAAAAUGAUAGUCCAUUAAACGAAAUUUCUAAACCAACUCCAGUUAAACUGGAAACAAAAUUUGCCCCAAUUCAAAGUAUCACUGUAGAACAAACAAUUGCGGCAGAACAAGAACAGUGCUUGUUAUUGAAGGUACAACCAAAAUUGCACAAUACCGUAAGUGUACCAUCUCACUCUCUACAAGCUGUAGUUAUUGAAGAAAUUACACUGGAGAAUUGUGUUACAAACCUAGAAAACACGUUUGAUGACGAUAAUCGUAACACAUCAAAAACAGCCCACAUUAAUUUUGUAGAUGACCAAUGUAUUAUUGUAAAGGAAGUUUCAGCUUAUGAAUCAGAAUCAAAUUUAUCACUUGAUUGUCAACCUGAAAAUGUAUGCGCAGUACCAGAGUUUUCUGGUCAUGAUGUAGCUGAAACAAUAGAARUAAUUUCAAAUGAUGCCGUUGAAAAAUUGAAUAUAAAAAAAUAUAAAAAUGAUAAAGCAGUACUCAAACACGUACCAUAUGAAGCACUUAUCUCAGAAGUCACAUCUACUAAUGAGUUGGAAGAUGUUUUACAUAAUAAAGAAAAAAAACAGCCAAAAACCUUAAACGUUACAAUUGAUGAAGUAAUUAGUGUAAAUAUUAUAGAACCACCUGUUUAUGAAAAAGAAAAAAUUUCAAUUGAACAAAAAGAGUUUAAAACUAAAAACGCUAUUACUGAAUUUGUUCCAAUUGAGGCGGUUAAUCGCUCGGAAAUUGUGACUGGAGAUUAUACUUUAGAUUUGAUACAACCGGAGGUUUCUAAAUUGCACGCAUAUCAUCAACCUAGUACAUUUGAAAGUGUCAUCUUGUACGAAACCAACAUAUCUGAAAAAGAAAAAAUAAUGAUAAACCAUAAAUUGCCAUCACCAUGUUUGGCAAAUACAUCGUUAAUAGUUGAUGAAGCAAUAGAGGUUACUGAAAUAACUUCUGACAAUAGACCAGAAGAUAUUUUUGAUUCAAUUGUGCCUAGAGAAGAAAAAGCUGAAACUAAUAUUAUUCCAUUUAAAUCUCUUGAAGCUCAAGAUAUCAUGACCUGUGAAAAUGUUGAGGCAGUAACAGAUAAGAGUCCUAUAACAGGAGUUGCCCAUAUAUCUCAAAAACCGUUUCAUAGUAUAGAAACGACAUUAAUAAUAUCAACAGAUUCAGAAAAUAAGCUAUCGGAAUUUGUGAUGCCGAAUUUAAAAAAAGCUGAAACUAACUUUAGUGAAUUAGAUAUUCCAAUUAGUGUAGUUGAAAUUUUAACGCAAGACAAAGAAUUAGAUUUUAAAGCUAACGAAAUUCCAUCACAUACAUUGGACAAACAAGAAAUUAUCUUAGAUGAAUGUCGGGAAACGUUAGAAACAAUGGUAUGCAAUUCUACUUGUGAUUUUGAUGAGUUUACACCACAACCAGUUUAUGCUUUGACAUCUAAAAGUACUCAAAUAGCAAUCGAGUUACUAGAAACGGCUCCUCUUGAAAAAGAAGGAGGUUUAGUGGAUGAUAAGAUAGUUUCAAAGAAGCGUGCUGAUUUCACAUAUGAAGAAGUAAAGAGUAUUCAAAUCACUGAACAAGUUAAACUUGACACCAAGCAAAACUUAAUAAUUGAAAGUAUACCUACGGAGCAGAAAAGUAAUAUUAUAAUUACAGGACAAGAUGUCGCAGAAACAUUUGAGACAAUCAUUGAAAGCCCCAUUGAAGAAUUAAAAAUAGAAUUUCCAAAAGAAAAAUCGGCAAAAACUAUUGGAGCAAUAGAAGUUCAUGGCGUUGAAAUAUCUGAAAUAAUAACACAGGAGACAGAAUCUGCAUUCGAUGAUAAUAAACGACAUAAAAAAAAAACAGUUAAUGUUUUAGUUGAAGAUAAUUCACCAUGUUAUAUGGUUACUGAAAUAUUUCCAAAUGAAAAAGAAACUCAACUUAAAGACAAAUCUCAGCCUAAUUAUUGCCAUGCUGAACAAGAUAUUUUAAGCCAUGAAGGACUGCAAGUUAAUGAAACAAAUGUUUCAAUUUGUGAAAAAGUGUUAGAUGAUUUUGAAUAUUCAACAAAAUUAGGAAGUCAARUAAUAGAACCCCUCAAAUGUAUUGAAAUAUCUGAAGUAAAUGUUCAAGAGCCAGAAUGUAAUUUAUUUAAAUUAGUUCGUCCAAAAAUGGAAAUUGCCGUUCAUGGUUUAAAUGAAAAUGUAGGGCUUAUAAUAAAUACUACAGUAAUUAAUGAUAAAGAAAAUGAACUUAAAAUAGAUAAAUUAAAUACUAAAAAUGCAACUAAAGUUUCAAAUUUAAUUGACUAUAAAGUUCCACAGAAAUCCGAAAAAAACACCUUAGAGUGUGUUAAACCCUUAAAAGUUACAAAAGAAACUGUACAACAAGCUAUAUCAGAACAUAUAUUAUUGGAAGGUAUACAUACAACAGAAGUCGAUUUACAAGAUACUGAAAUUCCGUUUGAUCAAUCAACAAAAUCAACUGAAAAAUCUGCCUCUCUAGAGUAUGAAACGGAGCAAACCUUAGAUGUAACCGAAGUAUGUGUAGGAGAAUCAGAAUCAGAUUUAAUUCCAACGUCUUUACCAAGAAGCCACAUUGCAGUAAGUGAUAUGUCAGAAGCUCAACAAGUUGCAUCCAGUUUUGAAAUGAUCUCUCAAAAUUCUACUAACAAUUUAACUGUCAAAGCAUUGCCGUCAAUAACUUCUAUAGUUCCACAACUUACAGAAAUUCAUAGCAUAGAAGUUACUGAAACACUCUAUCAAGAAAGUGAAAUACCUUUUAAAGCAGUUGAAAAUGUUUUAAAAACUGGAAGUAUUACAAUUCAAUUGGACCAAAAUAUUGAAGUAACAGAGACUAUUACGAAUGAAUCAGAGAAAACAUUAAAUUCAGUUGAAGUGAAUAAAGAUUCAGUAGCAAAUAUAGUAUUUGACGAAAAUCAGACUGUUAUGAUCGAAGAAAUAGAAACAUCUGACGAUAUUGCUCCGUUAACUGAAAUUGCAUGUAAACCAUUAAGUGCUAAGAAACAAUUUGAACCAUUAUUAGGAAUUUUAGUAACCGAAGUUAUGUCCGAAGAAUCUGAAAUUACUCAUGAAAAACCAAUCCCGCCACUAUUAAAACAUGUUACGCAAAUAAUACCAGAACAUCAAAGUUUGAAUGUAACUUCUACUAUAUCAGUAGAUACAGAAAGUAUUCUGAAAAAACCUAAGCAAGAAAUUCAACAAAGUGCACAAAGUUCAUCGGUAUACAGUCCUAUGAAAGUUGCACAAUUUGAAGAAAAAAUUAUACAAAUGGGUUUGAACGAUCUAAAAACCACUACGCCAAGUGAAAUAUAUUUAAAACCAUUCCAAAUUCCUUUUGAUUCAAUCAAUCAAUUGGAAAUCAGUCCAUUAGAAAAAGAAGGUGAAUUGGAAGUGACAAUAAACCAGAAAAAUGAAGUGGCAAACAUUAAUAUGGAUACUAUUAACAUAUUUGACACAACAGAAAUUAUACCCUGUGAAAAAGAAUCUGUCUAUAUUCCUUUAACAAAACCAAUCACAAGACAAGCUUUAAUUGAUAUAACUGACAGUCAACCAGUUAGUAGAGUUUCAGAAAUAAAAACAGAAGAUAGCACGAGUGAAUUAAAAAUUCCAAAAGUCGUUACAUGUACAGUAAUACCAUCUCAGGAAGUUGUCCAUGGUGUUGUGAUUGUUGACAAUAUAAGUCAUGAUAGAGAGGAGAUAUUUGAAAAGGAAUAUAAACCACCACUUACUACUGCCAAAAUAAACGUAGAAAAUGAAAAAGAAACGAAAACUGUAACCGAAAUUAUAACUCAAGAAAUGGAAGGACAGGUUAAAAAUUUAGAUAUGCCAUCAACUAAAAUAGCUCAAGUAGAAAUAACCUCUGGAAAAGAGAUAGCUGAAAUAAUAGAAACAAUAUCAAAUACUGCUUUAGGAUCAUUAAAAGAUUUUGUUACUAAAUCAUCAACAGCUAUUCCAGUACAAGAUACAUUUAAAAGUAUUCAGUCUACCAUAACUAUAACAGAGGACAAAGAAAAUUCAUUCUCCUCUAAUUUGAUCUAUGAAAAAUCUAAAGUUGACAUAAAUAUCGAAGAAUCAAAAAGCGUAAAUAUAACUGAAGUAAUUGUGGAAGAUAAAGAAGAAAAAUAUAUUUCCCCGGAAUUACCAACAUUAAUGACUGCUGGGGAAUCAAUUUUAACAAAUGAAGCAGCUGAAAAUACUAUUAUAUUAACUAAUGAACAUUUAAGAACACUAGAGAAGCUUAAAACAAAAGAAGAAUCGGCUAAUAUUGUACUCGAUACAUUUACGAAUAUAUAUCAAACUGAAACAACUGUACAAGAGAGUGAAAAAAAUUUUGAACCUGUUGAACAAAUUUUAAAUAAAGCUGAACUAACAAUGAUACCUAACAAUAGCUUAAUAAUAACUGAAGUAAUAACGGACGAUAAGGAUGAAAAGUURCACAUAAAAAAUGGACAGAAAUCACAAAAAGUUACUACAUCUUUAUCGAAAUUACAUAAAGCGCCGCAAGUAUCAGAAAUCAUUUCAUCAAUUACAACUAGUGAUGUAUUUAUUCCCGGCAUUGAUAAUAAUCAUGCAUUGAUUUCACAAUCAGAACUAYAUGACACAGUGAUAUCAACUGAAAUAAAUGCGUUAGAAAAAGAAAAAUUGUUUACACAAAAGAUUAAAUUUGACAAAUUUAAUGCAGAGAUUAAAUUUAAAGAAGAUAAGUCACUCAAUGUUUUUGAAACCGUCUCAAACGAUAAAGAACUGCCAUUAGCAAUAAAUAAACCUUUAGAAAAACAAGCAUCAUUAACUCAAUCGUCAUUUGACGUUUUUACUAUUUCGGAAAAUACGAUAAAUGAAUCUGAAAUGAAUCUUGAAUCAACAAUAGUACCAGAAGAACAAAUGGUCAAUAUAUUAUUCGAAAGCAAUGUUAAUGUGCAGGUGACUGAAGCGAAUAUUAUUGACASUGAAAGUGAUUUGAUAACCCCUAUUCAAAAUGCUGAAACUGCUACCAUCUCUAAAUUAAUAACACAGCCAGUUGCAAAUGUUACUGAAAUUAUCACUAGUGUGAAUGUUCAAGAAUUACCUAUAUUGAAUCAACCUGAAUAUAGAACUGCAACUCCAUUACAAGUCCAAUCGACGUAUAAAAGUAUAUUACAAACGGAGAUUGAUAUAUCAGAAUCGGAAGGUAUUUUAGAUAAACCAAAAUGUAUCAAUGAAAAAGCAUCGAUUAAAACUGAAACAUUUGAUAACAUAAUAAUAACAGAACCAGAAGUAUCUGAAAAAGAAGGAUUACUUGAAGGAUUAAAGAAAACUGAUUUGAGUCAAGCACAACUUUUAUUAGAAGAAACAAAAUCUAGUAUCAUUAUUUCAAAUGUUGCUAGUGAAGAUAAAGAGACUGAAUUUACUAUUGGACCACAACGCAAAAGUUCAGUAGCCAAAAUUACUUCAGAAAAUUUACAAGCAAUCACAAAUAGUGAACAAAAUGUUUCUGAAAAAGAAGGUACUUUACUUAUGAAAAUUCCGAGAGACGAAACCGCAAAUGUGAUAUUUGAAGAUGUUCAGUCGGAAAUUGUAGUUUCAACUGUAUUACCUGAGUAUAAAGAGGAAAAUUUAAAAAUAAAAAAUACAACAUAUUCCACAGCGAAGCUUUUGACGGAAAAUUUUGAAAGCUUAAUACAAAAUGAACAAAUUGUGAAUGAAAAAGAACAAAUCAUAAGACUUGAACAAAAUCCAGCAAUAACUAAUGCAUCAGUCUCAAUUGAAAAAGCAAAAACAGGAGUGGUUGUUUCAGAAGUAUUAACUCAUGAUAAAGAAAACGAUUUUCAUGAAUCACAAGUAAGAAGGACAUCAAAAGCGUCAAUAUCUACAGAAGAAUUGAGACCACUAAUAACAACAGAGACGCGACAUUUAUCAAACGUAGAUGAACUAAAAAUACAAAAAAUAGUUCCGGAUGAUGUCGCAAAGAUAAAAUUAGACGAAUUUAGACACCUAACAGUACAUGAACUAAUUACUAAUGAAACAGAAUCUAAGAUGAUACAAAUAAAACCGAUUAAAUUUAAUAUAUCACCAACUAUAUUAGAAAUAAUACCAUUAGAAUCAAAUCAAGUGGAAACGGAGACUCAACCAAUUAUAUCAAAAGAACCAUACAUGAUGAGCGAAUUAUAUGCAGAAAAACUUGAACCACAAAAAAAUGAUAGUAUCAAAAACAACGAAGACAAAAUUCUAGAAUCAACUAUAAAACUAAAACAAGAUGCAAUCGACGAUAACAGAGCAUCAAUCACUGAAAUACCAAUGGACACAGGUAAAAUAAUAUACAAAUUACUAUUAAUCGGAAAACUAUUUAAAAAUCCUACUGAUAUUCCUUCU